AUGUCACUAUUCUCUCGUGAAAUGAAUAUUGCUUCUAAAAUACGUCAUCCUAACCUCCUUCAGUUCAUAGGAGCCACUACAGAGGGUAAUCCAAUCAUCCUGACAGAGCUAAUGCCAACCAGCCUAAGAAAGGAAUUAGAGACUGGAGGACUGGCCUAUCAUACUGUACUAAACAUCAGUUUAGAUGUAGCCUGUGCUCUCAAUUACCUUCAUCUCUUCAAGCCUCAUCCUAUACUACAUAGAGAUGUCAGCAGUGCUAAUGUACUCCUUCAACCAAUGGGAGGAGCGCAUGGAGGUUUGAGGGCUAAGGUAUCUGAUUAUGGAUCAGCUAAUCUUCAGCAUCUUAUAAUUAGGUCAAUCAAUCCUGGUGGCCCACUUUAUGCAGCACCUGAAGCAGCCAAUCCAAUGGAACACUCUCCUUCAAUGGAUGUCUUCAGUUAUGGUGUCCUCCUUCUAGAGAUGAUAACACGACGUAUUCCUCUACCAGAAGAGAGAGUAGGUCUUAUUGAUGGUAUUAGAAGAGCCUCAUUUAGGUCUCUUGUUCAACGCUGCCUGAUAGUUGAGUAUAGACACCGUCCAACAAUGAAUGAUAUUAUAACUGAACUAAAUGACACUAUCUAUUAG